UGGCAAACUGACCCUCACAAUGUGCUGAUGUAGCACAGGACUAGAAGGGCUACAUAGGAGGAAAAAACAAAGUAGAUUUAUCAAAAAUAUCAGCUAUAGAAAUCGGCUUCUCUUUUCACAAUUUGAGAAGGAAACUGCUUCAAAAGUUACUUUUUUUAUUGAAGAAUGGCCUUGACAGCUUUUCAAAUACCAGCAUUGCUUCUUAUUUUUAUGGGUUUUAUAUUUUUACUUGUUACUACUGUAUCCAGCAACUGGAAAAUAUCUAGUAGAGUCAAUACUACAAACUGGAACUAUGAAGGUCUGUGGAUGAAUUGUGAAGCUACUUCACUGGGUUCCUUUCAGUGCAACACAUUGUACUCCCUGUUAAGUUUAGACACUUUUAUUCAAGCAUGCCGAGCCCUGAUGAUUACGUCCCUUGUCUUGGGUAUGGGCGGGACUCUGCUAGCAUUGCUUGGUUUGAAAUGCACUGAGCUUGGUUCCAGUGAUGAAAGAAAAGCAAGACUUUCCAUAAUGAGUGGAAUGAUAUUUGUUUUAGCAGGUCUCUCAUCAAUGGUUGCUCUUUCAUGGUAUGCAGCAAAUAUCACAGCCGAGUUUUUUGAUCCUUUAUAUGCUGGAACAAAGUAUGAACUGGGAUAUGCACUGUAUCUAGGUUGGGCUGGUUCCCUUCUUUCCAUAGCUGGAGGGAUUCUGUUGACAUGUUCAUCGUGCAAAGGAAACCAAAGAGACCAUGGAUAUCAUUACGCAGCUUCAGCAACAGUUGAUGAACCACAAAUUUACAUCAAACAGGCUAAGACAGUCACAUCUGCCAAAGAUUAUGUUUAAAAAAUUAUUUAAAAUAUAUUUACAUUUUCUAACCCAAAUCAAAAUAGCACUGUGCAAACUUUUUGAAAGGGGCACUUUGCAAAGUAUGCUAGUGUCCAUAACCCAACCCUCCUUCAAGUGUUAAAGCACCUGUUGCAUUUUCUGGAAGGCUUGCAACAGCUGUUUUAAAAGCCUUCCCCAAUUGCACGUUCAACAGAGAAGCAACCAGAAAUAGCUCUUGAAGAAGCUGCAAAGCUUCCAAAGAAUGUGGUGCUUUAAUAUUUCACGGAGGUAGCUUCAUUUAUGCUUAACACAGUUUGUGAAGCACCCUUGUCUAAAGCUUUGGCACAGCCCUAACACAUCUCUUCCUCUGUAACAUUUAUCUUAGGGCAAUCUCCCAUUUAUUUCUCCCAUUCAUGGCACUAUGCCCUGGCGAUAUCUGAUGUUGCCAUCAUCUUAUCCUCAGUCAAAGAGUGAGACAAGUUUAAAUUGCCCUUAGUUGUAUUGGUGUUAAAGUUGUAUUUUCCUCCUAUUCUGACACUAAGAACAAACUCAAGAUGUGCAAAAUCUUUGCGGGUUUAUAACCCACACCCAUGAGCUUGGAGGGGAGGUAUUUCAACUCAACAGUGGGGAAAAGCCCUUAAGUAGUUUUUCAUUUUAGUGCUGAAUAUUAUAAUGAACAUUAUGGCAUAUGUAACAUUUCCUCAUGAAAAUUAUUUAAACCAUAAAAUCAUGGAAAAUGACUUAUUUUUCCUAAUUUGUUAAAUGUAUUAGGUCAUAUUAUUUUGGGACAUUAUAAAGUUAUAAUUUCCAGAAUAAAACUACUUAGAACUUUGGAGGAUUGAAGAUUUAAAUGUACAUUAAAAUGUACAAUAAAAUGUACAUCUGGGAAGGAGCUAAUCUGAUUUCUCAAGUAUCUAGAGAAGAUACUUUGAGAGAGAGAGAGCAUGUUUUUGUCCAUGCAAUCCCCACGAGUCAACACUGACUUGAAGGCUAUAUAAAUAUCUUUAUAUAUCUUUAUAUAUCAUCUAUGUCUAAUGCCUAAACUUCCCUCCAAGCUCAUGGGUGUGGCUUACAAAGCUCCAAAGAUAUUUAUAUAGCCAUCAAGUCAGAAUGGGAUUGCAUGGACAAAACCAUCCAGUUUUCUUGGCAACAUUGCUUGGAAGUGGUCGUCUAUUGCCACCUUCCUAUGGCUGGGAGACCUUGGGUAGCCCAAAGUCACACAGCUGGCCACUCGUGGUUUCCGUUUCUAGUGCAUUUAAUGAUUACACCAAAAUGGUUUUCAAAGCAAUUAGAAUACAAUAAUUUAUAUAAAGCAGGGACUGGAACUAGUGGUUUUUCAUAUGCUACUGAACUACAGCUCCCAGCAUCUUUUAUUAUUGUCCAUGUUUGCUGGGUCUACUGGGAAGUGCAAUUCAGGAAUAUUUAGGGGAUAAGAUUCCCUAUCUGUGAUAGUCUCCUCGGUGCAAUUUUAUUCAGGUCUUACUGAGAUCAGUGAGACUUAUUCUGAGAUCUGUAGGCAUUGUGUCCAAAGUACAUACCAGCCUUAUAAUAGUUUGUAUGUUAAACCAAUUUUGCAGAGAUGGAAGACAGGGAAAGUGGGAGUUCUCAGUGGUAGAAAUUAGAUCUGAAUUGAAGGAUUUCUAGUUUACCACUUACAAUGACUACAAAACUCCAGUGGCCAGGAAUGCUAAGUUGCUAACCCUAACCCUAACUUUGUUACAUUAUUAUAACAUCUGCUGUUUAGAACUCUAUAUCAAUUUAAUCCCCACUUGGUGUUCCUCAAAAAUGUAAAUAUCAAAAUUUCCAAUCAAUGAAAAAUUCUUAGUAUGCUUGAGAAUUCUAGCAGUUGAGGUCUCAGCAUAACCCGGAGGGCACGUUGUGGAAAUAAGGCUAGUAUGUAGAAUACUUCUAUAUAAAAGUCACUUUAUGUGAGACGAGUGGCUAUAUGAAUACGAUAAAUAAAUACAUAAAAGCUGGUACAAUCUUCAAGAGUUUUGGAGCAAAGUGUAUGUUACACAAAUAAAUGUAAGAAACUCUUAAAUAACUUUUUUAAAAAAAAGAGUAACCAUUUUAAGAGCAGAAAUAUUGAAACAUACAAAUAGUGAGAAGAUAUUUUCAUUUAGGAUGGGAAAAACUGGGAGAUCAGAGUGGAAAAUUUUAAGUGUGAGAAAAGUUUAUCACUUUGGCUUUCUCUCUUCUCCCAAGCUAUUUUUCAUUUUAAAAACUAGCCAUUAAGGUUUAAUAACAGAAGUUUUCUAAAGAAAAUACUGCUUCCUACAAGCUAGAAUGCUCCUAAAAUGAUAUGUAUAAAAUGAAGGGUCACCAUUCACUGGUUUUUUCAAACAAAUAUGCCAAGUCACAAGCAAAUACUCGAGCUGAUGUAUUUUUGAAUUAAAUGGAGGUAAUAAAUCUCUGGGACAACUGUUGCUAGACAACACUUAACUAGCAUCAAGGAUAAUGAGGUUGUAGUCUAACAUUACCUGGAUUCCUUGCCCUAAUGUGAACAGUGAGACAUGAAAGUAUUUGUAUCGGCUUCCUUGCAUUCCAGAAGCCCCUGAAAACUGUUUUAUUUUAAUAAGUUUUUGACCUGUGGAGUGAUUAUGUGUGAGCACUUGACUGUAUUGUGUUAAUUGUUUUAUUAUUGUAUGUUUUAAUGGGUCUAAUUAAUAAAGUUUUCUCCUUGUUUUGCAUUGC